AUGUAUCUGAGCACUAGCAGUAAGCAUUGCAACAAUAAUCAGGAAAACAUUUAUCAUGUCAAGGCACUAUCUACACUAUCUACAAUACAACAACUAGACCCAAAGACGCAGAGAUUUGCAAAUCUCACUUACUUGAAGCCUUCAAUGAACCCUUCAAUGAAAGAAAGACGUAUCAAAAAGAAAGGAUCUUCCAUACUUGGUGUCACCUCUUUAAAUGAAUAUCACGAGUCACCGCAGCAAGCACAUUGUUCCAAUUAUAUGAACAGUGCAUCUCAAAAAAGCGAAAUGAAAGAUUUCCUUGGUGAUAUCAAUGAAAAGAAAGUUUCUGUAUCAGGAAAUAGCUCCUGUGUUACCAUUGAGAAUAAAUGUGACGAUUUCGUGAAAGUUCGUCGUGAAAUGGUUGCGAAAAACAGAAUGGAAGUUGGCAAGAGGUUCAGCACUGGUAAUCCUCAUUUACCGAAGAGCAAAAAGGCUGGGGGAGAAGUUAAUUAUAGGUUAAGACGUAAAGAGGAACAACAAUGUUUUGAAGACUUUGAGGAAGAAAAUUCAAACAAUUUUCAAAAAGACACAUUUAAGUUGAGAAAAUCCAAAAAUUGCUUAUUACAACCAAAAUUUUAUCCUACUUUAGUAUCAGAACAUCUUUUCCCAGUAAUAGAAGUACAAAUUUUGCCUCACAUGACAGGUCCCUUGCCGGAGAAUAAUAUCGACUUAAAUUUGUCUCUUCUAGCUUCUCUUCCUAAGCGCGAUGCAACAGCUCCUCUCAGCACUAUUCACGAUAUUUUUGAAAAAACUGACAACGAUGAUGCCGUUCUUUUAAAAUAUUUGACAAAUGAGAUUGAUGCAUUGGAAAUUGAAUAG